CAUCUGAGAUUCAUUGCCUUUCGGAACGUCGAUCUGGCUGGUUCGAUCGAACAACAUACAGGACUCAUAUUGUAGGUAUUAGCUUUUGAAUUUUAAAAACAGCUUCAACGUAGCACUAGAAAUGGGCUGCACUUCCGGUUGCGUUAAGUGUUUCCUCAACACUCUCAAUACUUUGAACGCGCUGUCGGGUCUGUCUCUGAUAGCAAUUGCUACGUUGGCCCUCUCCAAAGCCCCUCUCGCGUACAUUCUGUUUCUAUAUGGACUUGGCGGCAUCAUCUUCGUUUCGGCUGUUCUGGGAUGCUGUGGAAUCUGCAUGGAGAACGUGUGUAUGACCGCAACGUACGGCUUCUUGCUGUUGGCGCAGCUAAUAAUCAGCUUGCUGGGCAUCUUCCGCUUCAAGUUCACUGAGGAUUACAUAGAGAAGUUCGCCGCCGAGGAGGUUCAGAUGAAAUGGGACCAGGAGCUGGUGGAACCCGGCGCCAUGGACACUUACCAGACGGUGUACGAGUGUUGUGGGCGUGACAGCCCCGACGACUACGUGGCUAUCGGUCGUCAAACCCUGCCGCCCAGCUGCUAUCCCCAGGAGGAUACCCAGAUGCCCCACUAUCUAUCUGGAUGUGUCCAAAAGUCCAGUGAGAACUUUGUGGUGCUCUUCAGCUACGCCCACGAUACCAACUGGAUCGCAGUGGGACUAACCAUUCUGAUGAUGAUUUCCGCCUUUUACUUGGUCGGAAAAUUCCGAAAGCAUCGCAUUCGCUACGGCUACUAAGGACUUUUGUAACCUUAUAUUUUAAGGGCGCUAAAUUGAGGUUGCAGUAAUCAUGUAUAACGUUUCCGAUGAUCCUCGCAGAUAUAAAAGUGUAUCCCGAUGAAACGAAUAUUUUUGAAUGAGUUGAAUAUGCACUUGAAAAUGCAAAGAGUGCAAACCAAACCGAUUAAAAUUUUAAUUUUUAAACUAGCAACUUCCCCUUUCAUAUUUCAUCAUCUUUAUUUUAGGCGUCUCUAGUUUGAAGAAUUUUAGACUUCUAUUUUGAGACUCAAAUUAAACAAAGCAUGUAGUACUUCCAUUUUGAUUGUGGAAGGCACGAUCCUGCUCCUGGCUCUUGCAACUAAGCUAAUCCGCCGAUGGUGGUGGCGUCAUUCAGUGCCGAGUAUCUGACGCAAUCGGGCAAAUUGGUAAAUUGCUUUGAGAGGCUGUAGCCGAUUAGACCAGAGUCCGCUCUCGAUAAGACACACAGUUGGCAAGUGGAGCCAUAUAGUGCUAGCCCCAACUUGAAAUACGCUUUAGUUCUGUGAAGCAUAACCAGCUCCACGCUUCAAGCUUUCCCGCCUCAGUUUCUGUUUGGCUUCCGAGUCACGGAAACCGCACUUGAGUGCCACCUUUAACUUUCUUGAUUUGACUACUGCGAGUGCAGGAAAAAUCCCCUAAAUGAACUUUAGUCACUGGACAUAAAAUAGUUUGCAGGUACCGCCUUAAAAUACUAACAAUAUACUUGGUAACCUCUCCAUGUUGUCAAUGAAAAUCAAUAACAAGGUCAAGAAAUAAUUAUGUA